UAUUAUUUCUUGUGCGAUAAAGUUAUAAAGCUGGAGAAGUGUGUAGAGUAGUGUAUGGUUAGUCAAGUGAAUAUCCAAUAAAGUAACAUAGUAGUUUGACAGUCUGGAAUUGUUCAAUGCAGUGUAAACCAUGAGUAAGGAUAAGGCGGGAAAAGAAAGAUCUAAGGAAGAUACGUUACUCAACCUCGAACAUCUACAAGAACAACUAAAGAUUCAACAAGAAGAGUUAUUUCAACAACAACGAGAAUUAUUAUUACAUGAACCGGAACUUUUACGAUCUGAUACUAAACGACUGUUACUUCUGGUUGGAUCACAAGAUCAACUGGUAAGUCAUGUAGGAACUUCUAAUACAUGGAGUUUUACUCAAGGUUUAAUUAUUGGACAAGUCAGUGUUAUAUUUGUAAUUAUUGUAUUUAUAAAAUUCUUUGUAUUUGCUGAUCCUACACCUACAAGUUCAAAACCAAAAUCUAGUUUGGAUGGUUCUGGAGUUAUAGUUAGAAGAGAUAAGAAAAAGGGAGAUGAUUCAAGAGUUGGAGGAGAUAGUGAAGAAGAUGAAAAAUAUAGUAAGAAUAAUGUUUCAACUAUUCUUGAGAAAACAUAUUAUAAUGUAGAAAAUCAUGCACCAGAAACAUUAGAUUGGUUUAAUGUAUUAAUAGCACAAACCAUAUCUCAAUUGAGAUCUGAAGCUAUCUUAUCAGAUAAUAUUUAUCAUUCAUUAACAGAAUUUUUAGAGACUGCUGAUUUACCUGAUUAUUUGGAUAAAAUUAAUGUUACUGAAAUUGAUAUUGGAGAUGAUUUUCCUAUUUGUUCAAAUUGUAGAAUUAAACAUAGUAAAGAUGGAUCUGGUAGAUUGGAAGCUAAAAUAGAUGUUGAUUUAGCUGAUACUUUAACUUUAGGUAUUGAAACUCAAUUAUUAAUAAAUCAUCCAAGACCAUUAACGGCAGUAUUACCUGUUCAAUUAUCAGUAUCAAUAGUAAGAUUUUCAGGUUGUUUAACAGUUUCUUUGAUUAAUACCGGUGAUCAAGAAUUUGCAGAUCUUCAAAUGUCUGCUUCAUCUUCUGAACAAUCAACACCUGAACCAAAUGAAACUGUUGAUGUUCCAAACACUUCAAGUGCAACACAAUCUCCUCAAAUUGGAUCUAAUGGUUUUCUUUCUUCUGCUCCAAUAAGUAAAUCUGUAUCAAAGGAAAGCACUAAUUUCCAAAAGAAACCAUCUAAGAAAGAUAACAAUUCUAAAGAAGGUACAGCAUUAAUGUUUUCAUUUUCUCCUGAUUAUCGUCUUGAAUUUACAGUCAAAUCUUUGAUUGGUUCAAGAGCAAAACUUCAAGAUGUACCUAAGAUUUCAUCAUUAAUUGAAAAUAAGUUAAGAAGUUGGUUCAUUCAACGAUGUGUAGAGCCACGAUUUCAAGUAGUUAAAUUACCAUCUAUUUGGCCAAGAAGUAAGAAUACUAGAGAACCUAUAAGUACAAAAACUGAAGUAAGUGAAUGAUUUAUUUUGUAUAUAACGAGUAAUAAAAAUAAUAGAUUAAUGAGUAAAUAUAACAAACAAAGCAAAGCGAAAGUAAAUUAAGCUAAUGAACCACAUGGAGUA